UUCAGUUCGAAGCCAUGAUCCAAAAUUUCACCACCAUUUCCAAAUUAAACCCUCUCAUUUCCCCUACAAAAUUCAAUCCCAAAAUCCCCCUACCUUUUCCAAGCAGGAUGUGCUCCAACGCAGUUAGAGCUGCACAGACAAUCCACGCGGUUCCGGGUCUCGGGUCGGACGAGAUGGAGCGGGUCGCCCACCAGACCUUCACGCGGUACACUUCCGACGCAAUGCCGCCCCCGCCCAGAAAAGGAAAAGGAGUCGCUAUCGUUUGGUUCCGAAACGACUUGAGAAUCUUGGACAACGAGGUUUUGCACAAGGCCUGGGCUUCGUCCCAGGCUCUCUUGCCCGUUUACUGCGUUGAUCCGAUGUUGUUUGGCGCCACGUAUCACUUUGGUUUCCCCAAAACUGGAGCUAUCAGAUCGCAGUUUCUUAUUGAGUGUUUAGCCGAUUUGAAGCAAAAUUUGAUGAAAAGGGGCCUCAACCUUAUGAUUCAACAGGGGAAACCAGAGCAGAUUCUUCCUUCACUUGCCAAAGCAUAUGGAGUCCACACUGUUUAUGCUCAGAAAGAAACGUGCAGUGAGGAAGUACAUGUCGAGAGAUUGGUUGCCAAGAAUUUGAAAAAAGUCGUGCCACCAUUAGCCGAGGGUGUGUCUGCUAAGCAUAAGUCUACUAAUCUGGAUUUGAUCUGGGGGUGUACUAUGUACCACAUCGAUGACCUUCCAUUCAAUUGCACGUCUUUGCCAGACGUGUAUACUCAGUUUCGUAAGUCGGUUGAAUCAAAGUCUACCAUUAGGAGUUGCAUUAAGGUUCCGGCAUCACUUGGUCCCACGCCCGAUGUUAAAGAUUGGGGAUGCAUCCCCGAUGCUUCCAUGCUUGGGGUUCAGCCAGAAAAGGCUUCGAAAGGAAUGGCGUUCACAGGGGGCGAAAGUGCAGCACUGAGUAGAGUGCACGAGUAUUUCUGGAAGAAGGAUCUCUUGAAGACAUAUAAAGUGACACGAAACGGGAUGCUAGGACCUGACUACUCGACAAAGUUUUCUCCCUGGCUUGCCUCUGGAAGCCUUUCACCUCGUUUUAUUUAUGAAGAGGUGAAGAGAUAUGAAAAGCUGAGAGUAUCAAAUGAUUCCACAUAUUGGGUGUUGUUUGAACUUAUAUGGAGAGACUACUUCAGAUUCCUAUCAAUCAAGGCUGGAAACUCUCUCUUUUAUGUUGGUGGUCCACGAAGAGUGCAGACGAAUUGGAGCCAAGACCAAGCAUUGUUUGAUGCUUGGCGAAAUGGUCAGACCGGGUAUCCUCUGAUCGAUGCAAACAUGAAAGAGCUAUCGGCUACUGGCUUCAUGUCGAAUAGGGGGCGACAGAUUGUAUGCUCAUUUCUCGUUCGAGACAUGGGCGUUGACUGGAGGAUGGGAGCAGAAUGGUUCGAGUCUUGUCUCUUAGAUUAUGAUCCGUGUUCCAACUACGGUAACUGGACCUAUGGAGCAGGUGUCGGGAAUGAUCCACGAGAGGAUCGGUAUUUCAGCAUCCCGAAGCAAGCUCAGAGCUAUGAUCCAGACGGCGAGUUCGUGGCGUACUGGUUACCUCAACUGAAGCCACUGCCUAAAGAGAAGAGGCAUAAUCCUGGGAUGAUGAUGUAUAUGAAGCCAAUAGUGGCACUCAAAUUUGGGAACACAAAGGCCUCAGGAGCAAGAAGAGGUGGUGUGGAAGAGAAGAAAGGGAAGAGCUAUAGAGGGAACAGAAUUCAAUAAAAUAAUGAUGCUUGGCAUAUACAUAUCAUUUUUCAAGUGGAGGAAUGAGAGAUAGGUUGUUUGUUAGCUCUUGCUCUUGCUCUUGCCGGUGUUGUGGAUGGAUGUGUUCACAGAUCUCUGAAUACUGUCUUGCUUCUGCAAGAAGGCGAAUCAAGGAGCUGUAACGAUGCACAAGUGGUUCGUGGGAAGAGAACACGAGGAUAUUCGAGCAAGGCUCUAUGUGUAAUUUUGACUAUGAGUUUCACUUGAAACACAUGACUUUUGCACUAAUCUAUCUGUAACACUAUAGUUGAGUCGUAUUCCAUUUUUAGUCAUCUUACUAGUUGAACCAUUUCCAUUUACGAUAAAUGUAACACAUUUAAUCUUUUUUACUUCA